AUGGGGAAAGCAAAUAAAGCGCUCCGAGAUUUCAUCAACGAUAUUCCGGAUUCAAAGCUGACGGGAUUUCCGGAGAGCGGUGGAACGAUUUACUCUGAUCGAGACUUCCGCCUGGAUAUGCAAUGCAAGACAAGCAACGGCGGAUACAACCUCCAAAUCCAAAUUAACAAGGGGACGACAAUCACAAGUCUUAGGUCUUCAGCUCCGCGAACGGUGGCUGGGCCAGUUCUUGCUACGGGCACCGAAUCGGCUAGUGUCAUUCGGGCCAACUUCAUCGCCCUUAUGAAGAUCUGACAUAUUUUGGACUUGUCCCUUGUUUUAUCCCAUGGGGGUUGUUGGACCGGGGCUGCUGUCGGAUAGAGUAGGGGUUUGAGGGGUUGGGAGAAGGAGAAGUUUUGAUUUUAGUUAAGGUAGUGAGCGGUUGGGCAGAUGAGAUAUUAAAGUCAAGAAAGCGCGAAGAGAAUAAAGUAUAAUGAAAAAAAAAAA